AUGGCUGAUCCAAAGUCUAGACUCACCCGCUGGGCAGGAACCAAGGCUCGAUUCACCGAAAUCAACGGACAGAAACUCGAUACCAUCAUUACUGGUCACUUAACCCAAGAACAGAUCGAUGCAUACCAGCAGUUUUUCAGAGUGGAGGAAAUCUCUGAAAUCCUUCGAAAGUCCACAGGACCAGGAAAAUCCAUUCUCCAUAAUCUCCCGUCGUACAACAUGGCCAAUUUUCAGAGAGAUCCUCAACCUGCUCCACAAUAUGACCAGCACGGAAACAGAACAAAUACACGAGAGGCACAGGUCAGAGAACUGCUCGAGAAGGAAAGACAUACAUUGGUGGAGAAAGCUGUUACGUCUAUCCACAACUAUGAUCCACCAGUCGAUUACAAGAAGCCAGCAAAAACUAGCGAAAAACUCUACAUUCCUAUUAAGGAUUACCCUGAUAUAAACUUUGUCGGAUUGCUAUUGGGUCCCAGAGGAAACACUCUCAGACAACUUCAGGAUGAUAGUGGAGCUAAAUUGGCUAUUAGAGGCAAAGGUUCUGUCAAGGAUGGAAAACUGAGCGAUCUAUCAGGAGCCAGAGGACCAGAAGAUGACUUGCACGUUUUGAUCACCGCAGAUACGAGUGCAAAGAUCAGCAAGGCCAUCAAGUUGACGAAUGAGGUCAUCGAGAAGGCAAUCUCGUCACCCGUUGGCCAGAACGAUCUCAAGAGAGACCAACUUCGAGAAUUGGCAGUGCUCAACGGUACAUUGAGAGAAACGAAGCCGUACGUUCCUCCAGAGAUCUUCAACCAGAGAAAGCAGCCAGGAAGAGAUGUGACACAAAUUAUUUGUCGCAUAUGUGGCAAUGUGGGUCAUUACUCUCGAGAUUGUAAGUUCAAAAACGAGCGUACCAACAGACCAGACAUCACUGAAAGAGAUGUGGAUUCCUACAGUCCCAAUCGUGGAGGCUCAUCCUAUGUCCCAAAGACUGAAGAGGAGCUUCCGCCUUGGAAACGUCAAAAAACAGAUCUGUGGAAUCCUCCUUAUGGAAUCAAUGGAGGUGCUCCACCUACUGGAAUGCAUCCACCACCAGGAUUUGUGGCACCAGGAUACCCUGCUACAUUCGCGGGCCAGUCUUCAGGUUCUAAUUACGCUUUAGGCUCAGAUUACCCUGGCGUCAACCCUCUGGUUCCCCCACUGGCUCCACCACCUUCAACACACGGUUUUCCACCAGGAAUUACGCACCCACCACCACCACCUCUUGGAUUCGCACCUCCUCCACCCAUUCCUCAGAAUCCUCCACCUUCAGUGUCUAUCCCUGCACCUCCUCCACCUAUUCCUCAGAAUCCUCCGUCUAUCCCUGCACCUCCCCUGGUUGUUCCUGCUCCCUCACAUACUAUCCCUGCCCCUCCACCGUCAAAACCUGUCGUGCCACCUGCUCCUCCAGGAUCCAUACCGCCUCCACCUCCAGCCGCAUCGCAACCCCCACCACCUCCAAAUUCGACCAAACUGGCUCCACCUACAAAUCCUACAAAGCCUCCACCUCCUCAGAAUUAG